AUGCCCAGUUCCGAGGAUGACGCACACGGCCCCCGCUACCCAGCCAUGGAUCUGUGGCGGGCCCUGUUGGACCUGGUGUCACAGGAUCUGUUUCCCGCGAGCAAGCGCAAGGCGCGGCGCUUUGACAGUGGUGCCAACAUCAUUUCUGCCGUCCAACACCUGAUUGCAACGCGUGGCGCUCGCCCCGAGGCAACACGCGAAGAUGCGCAACGCGUUACCGGCUUGCUGUUGCUGUCCAACACCAUCACGCCGCAGAAGAAGCACCCCCGGGACUCAACCGUGGUGGCUGAUAGCCCCAAGGCCAACGUGUUGAUCACCUCUUUUACAUCUUUCCAUCUCGUCCCCUUCGCCAAUCUCUCUUCAUUAACAUGUAAACCUCAUCUUUCUCUGUAUCGACGUCUCCUCCUCUCUUCUCUCUCUCUCUCUCUCUCUCUCUCUCUCUCUCUCUCUCUCUCUCUCUCUCUCUCUCUCUCUCUCUCUCUCUCUCUCUCUCUCUCUCUCUCUCUCUCUCUCUCUCUCUCUCUCUCUCCCUCUCUCUCUCUGUCUCUCUCUGUCUCUCUGUCUCUCUCUCUCUCUCUGUCUCUCUCUGUCUCUCUCUGUCUCUCUGUCUCUCUCUGUCUCUGUCUCUCUCUCUCUCUCUCUCGCUUUCUCUCUCUCUCUGUUCUGACAUUUUUCCUCGCUCGCUUGGUGCUGGCUGCAUUCUUUGCUCGCCGCCCUAUCAUGGCAGAGGAACCGUUGCAACUCAGCGGCUGGCUCGAAAAGAGUCCGCCGCUUGAUAAGGCUGGAUCCUUGCUCAAGGGUUUCAAACGCCGUUGGUUCUACCUAGACAGUAUUCUGACCGAGCUCCGCUAUUAUGCCUCGGAAGACCCCUCCACCGUGCCCAAGGGGAGCAUUGACCUCGGCACUGUCGUAACCAUCAACCCGUUUCAAACCUGGCCUGGAAAGAAGCAGUCGCGCCACGCCAACGUCUUCACCAUCGAGACCACGACACGCACCUUCUACCUCAGUGCCCCUACCCUUGACCUGAUGCGCACCUGGGUCGCCACGUUGCGCUUGGCCGCGCGAACCGCCAUCAUCAAGCAUGCCACGCCUGACGAUCAACCUCUGUUGGAGGCAGCACAGCAUGGGCGAUUGACAAUCAACUUGGCGCUCAUGCACGACACCCUGCGUUCGCAAGUUGUCAGAGCCUCACCCACGACCACAGCGCACAACAUUCUGCAAGACCUUGUCGUUCAAGACGACCUCUUUGCCGUCGAGCUUCAAGAGUUGGUUUUGCCAUGUCUCGUUUCUCCCAUUAAUUACCUGCGAGUCGCUGACGUCUGCCUGUCGCGUCCUGCUCGCGCCCGACGCCGCCCCGGUCCCGCACUUUCAACUAGGCUUUGCCUCAUGCUCAUUGACCAGCGCCGCGUGGACGUGCGUGCUCUGGCCCAGGAUGAUCGACCCUUGAUUCUGCAGCAGUGCGAGCCCUCCGCCCGUCUGUACCUCAACAAGCGAGGCAACAUUGCCAACACCCUGAGUCUAUUGGAAAGCAAAGAAAAAGACAUGCGCUUGAGUGAGAAUCAACAAAGCUCGGAAUACACUGUACGAUAUCUUGGCAGUGUUGCCAUGCCAGCCGGCACAGCUCAGCCUCACGGUUCGCGAAUGUGCAAUGCAGACGAACAACACUACAUGUCCGCCUACGAUACCCUACGAAAAAAGUUGGAGCCGAUCAACUCGGACUUGGUGUGUGUCCUGGAGGAUGCGGCCGCCAAGUUCUACAACAACCGCGGUGAUGGUCAACGCCGGACGUUGAUUUGGGAAGCUGGAUUUGCCAACAUGCUAGCCUGCCGAAGCCACAAGCGAGCCAUGGUCAUUGCGAUCGCCCCUUCCAACUCAGCGGCUGCCACGUUGUCGUACGUCAUUACUCAGCAACACAAGGCUGUCAGUGACUCAAUCCAGCGUGCCAAAUCACGACGCGCCAGGGUCAAGCGUCAAAGUGUGCGCGUGAACAAGAGUCUCAAGUUACAAGUAGCCGACGUCCCAACCGCGGGGGUAGUGCUUGGUGAUACGGCGCUGACCUAUGACGAAGACUUGGCACUUUUAUUGGCAGCGGCGGGCUUGUCUUGGCCCCAGGGUGGAUGGGCUGAGCUCGAGGCCGGCUUGGACGAGCUGGAGGCCAAGUAUACGGUGCGGCUAGAUCGAGCCGAUACCCUAUACGGCGAUGGUCCUCAGGGUGAGAGUGGAUCGACAGAUAUCUAG